AUGUCUUCCGCCGAAGCGUCCACCUCAGCCCCAGUCAUACUAUCUGUUGCCCCCUCGAGGAACGGCAGAACACCAGGCAAGGCCCACAAGUCUGACAAGAGCGCCGUCCGACGAUCCUACAUCAGCCCCUCCAUCAAGACACCUUUCGACAAGCGCAAGGAGAAGGAGGCUGCUAUCAACGCCAACAAGACGCUCGAGAAGGAGUUGAAGGACGAGAAGGAAGCUGAGCGCCAAAGGAAAGUGAACAUCAUCAAGGAGCGCAGAGUAAAGAAGGAGGAGCGAGAAAGGGAAGCGGAGAUGAGGGCGAGGAUGUCGGCCAAGAAGCUCCAGAGGAUGAAGAAGAGACAAGGCAGAUCAGCGAAAAUCAACGGAUAA